UUAUAAAUCGUCCAUUCAAACAUUAUUUUACGACAGCUUCCAAAAUGAAAAUCUAUGAGGAGUCUACACAAUCAAAGAGAGAGUUUCCGAACAAAUCACUUCUGCUGGCUGCGUGUGCUGCGUGUAUAGGGGGAACCUUUCAGUAUGGAUAUAAUAUAUCUAUCAUCAAUGCUCCCACAACGCAUGUGCAGAAUUUCAUCAACCAAACCUGGAGGGAGCGUUACCAAACUGACAUAUCAGCAGAUGUUCUCACCCUGCUUUGGUCCACUAUUGUGUCUAUAUUCACCAUAGGAGGACUGCUAGGAGUGACAGUCGGUGGGAAAAUGUCUGUGAAGCUGGGGAGGAAAGGGACGCUGUUGGCCAAUAAUGUAUUUGCAUCAAUGGCUGCUCUGCUAAUGGGUCUAAGUUACCCUACAGGAUUAUUUGAAUUACUCAUUAUUGGACGUCUUCUCACUGGAAUUAAUGCAGGCAUUGGCCUUUGUGUGCAACCUCUGUAUUUGGGUGAAAUAGCUCCAACUGCAUUUCGUGGUGCCAUGGGAAUGGGAACUUCUAUUUUCAUCACUGGUGGGAUCUUGACUGGACAAGUGAUUGGCCUCAAAGAGCUCCUGGGUAAAGAAGAGCAAUGGCCCAUCCUGCUCUCCACCACAUGUAUCCCAGCAUUGCUGCAGCUCCUGAUCCUACCCUGGUUCCCAGAGAGCCCGCGCUACCUGCUCAUUGACAAAAGAGAUGAUGAGGGAUGUAAGAAAGCCCUGAAGCAACUUCACGGUAUAUCUGGCUGUGAUGGCGAAUGGACGGAUAUCGAGAAGGAGAAAAAUAAUUUUGUGGAUUUCCAGGCCAAGAAACCCUGGGAGCUCUUGACUGAUCGUAGUGUCCGCAGGCAGCUUCUCACCGUCUUGCUGCUCAACGCUGCACAACAGCUGAAUGGCAUCAAUGCUAUUUACUUCUACGCAAAUUACUUGUUCAAACAAUCUGGUGUCCCUGCUGAUAAAAUACCAUAUGUGACCGUUGGCACUGGUGCCUGUGAAUGCAUCACAGCUUUAACAUGUGGUUUGCUCAUUGACCGUCUGGGAAGGAAAGUGCUCAUUACGGGAGGAUACACACUGAUGAGUAUCUGCUGCAUUUUAUUCACGCUGACGCUCUCUUUCCAGGAUGCCAGCCCAGUAUUUCCAUACAUGAGCAUGGUGUGUGUAUUUGCUUUUAUCCUGAGUUUUGGCUUAGGUCCAGGUGGCGUGACAAACAUUUUGACCACUGAGCUAUUCACACAAACGGCACGGCCUGCAGCGCACAUAAUUGCAGGAUCAUUGAACUGGUUGAGCUUCUUCAUCAUCGGCCUGGUCUUCCCUUUUAUUGUGAUCGGGCUGCAGCAGUACUGUUUCCUGGUGUUCCUGGCUGUCUGCUCCUUAAUGGCGAUAUACAUUUUCCUUUUUGUUCCUGAAACCAAGAACAAAACCUUUGUGGAAAUCCAGAAUGAGUUUCAGUCCAGAAAGGCCCGCAGUGCUGAUGGAGCAGGGACGACACUGUUAUCCACUUUUAUAUGAAAUCAAUUAAAAAAAUGUAUGUCUCACAAUAUUUACAGUAUGUCACAAAGAUGAGUAACUAAAAAUGAGGAUUUAUAAUCCAGAUACGCACAACAAAAUAGAUUGAUGUCAUAAUUACAUCUUUUUAGUUCACUUACAG